AUGACGAAGGGUACCUCCUCGUUUGGUAAGAGACACAACAAGACGCACACCUUGUGCCGUCGUUGCGGUCGCCGAUCGCUUCACAUCCAGAAGCACACCUGCGCCUCCUGCGGUUACCCUGCGGCCAAGACCCGCAAGUACAACUGGUCCGAGAAGGCCAAGCGGAGAAAGACCGUCGGUACCGGCCGCAUGCGCUACCUCAAGGACGUCUCCCGCCGCUUCAAGAACGGCUUCCAGACUGGUGUCCCCAAGGGCUCCGCCGGCCCCACCGUCCAGCAGUCGUGA